CCUGUAGUUAUAAACAACCAGUUCAUAGGCGGUACACAAAGUGUUAUAUACUCGUAUUGCCUCAGGAGUUGUAUCAACGUAACAAGCACUGAUAUCCUUUUAAUGGAGUUUGCGCUGAAUGAUGACGUUCAGGGAGUGACGCGGUCGGGUAUGGAGGAAUUAGUCCGCAAUAUCAAGUCAUUGCCAUUGGCAGAACAGCCUUUUUCAAUGAUGACAAAUUUCAUUGUUCCGUAUAAACUAUUUGGGCGUAGAAAUCCAAAGUGUCUAUCUAUUGAGGAAGUGUUGUUUAAUCCAAUCGCAAUACAUUAUGACGUCACUUCCGU